UAUACAACCUCUACGACAACGAUGAGUUGACUCUAAAGUCUUUAAAACAGAAGUCUUUUCGACUAUUAAUUCGUUUACCAUAUCUGAGGGGAAUGGCAGCCAAACAAUUGUCAGAUGCGGACAACACUAUAUCGGAUACAAUCAGAAAAAUAUUUGAUUCACAAGAAUAUAUCACAAAAAUGCCCACAAAUGGACUCCAAUCGGACCAAAUCGUGUCCAAAUUGGAUCAAUACGCUACCAUAGGAAAAGUGGACUGGAUGAAAGGUCGUGCCUCAGGCACCGUCUAUUGCAACGCGGGCGACACAUCCCUCACGAAACUGAUGAGCCGGGUGUUUGACAAGACGGCGUACACCAAUCCCCUACACCCGGACGUCUUCCCCGGUAUCACCAAAAUGGAGGCCGAAAUCGUACGAAUGGUAUGCGAUCUGUACAACGGGUCGGCCGACACGUGCGGAACCCUUACGUGCGGCGGAACGGAGUCUAUAAUACUGGCGGUGAAGGCGGCCCGCGAUUACGGCCGACACACGAAGGGCAUCACUCGCGCCGAAGUGGUGGCGCCCGUCACAGCCCACGCGGCUUUUCAAAAGGCCACACAAAUGCUGGGAAUGAAGAUUAGGUUCAUUGGUGUGGAGCCCAACACCUAUAAGGCCGACCUCAGGGCCAUGAGACGGGCCAUCACCGGUAAUACUGUGAUGUUAGUGGGAUCGGCGUGUAAUUACCCGCACGGUAUGAUCGACGACAUACAGGGUAUCGCAAAAUUAGGACUCAAGCACUGCAUACCCGUCCACGUGGACUGUUGUUUGGGCGGCUUUCUGGUGCCGUUCAUGUCAGCGGCCGGGUAUGCCAUCCCAGCCGUGGACUUCUCAGUGCCCGGUGUGACCAGCAUUUCGGCCGAUACUCACAAAUACGGGUUCGCACCCAAAGGCUCGUCGGUUAUCAUGUAUGCGCACAAGAAGUACCGCAAACACCAGUUCUCGGUGCAGACCGACUGGCCGGGAGGCAUAUACGCCACGCCCACUCUGGCGGGCAGCCGGUGCGGCGCCAAUAUAGCCCUGUGUUGGGCCACUCUAUUGCACUUCGGGGUCGAGGGCUAUGUGUCGGCCACCAAACAGAUCAUCAAAACUCAACGAUACCUGAAGGCAGAGUUGGCUAAAGUGGAGGGCAUUGAGAUUAUGGGCGAUCCGCACAUGUCGGUCAUUGCCAUACGCGCCCAUAGGUUCAACAUAUUCAGGCUCAGUGAUAUCAUGUCGGAAAAGGGUUGGAGUCUAAACCCCCUACAGUUCCCAUCGGCUGUCCACAUAUGCCUGACUCUAAUGCACGCGCAGACAGGUGUGGCCGACGCCUUCCUGUCAGACAUCAAGUCUGUGGUCAUUGAGUGCCUGAAGACACCGGAAGAGAGUGGCGAUGGGUUGGGAGUCAUCUACGGUAUGGCGCAGACACUGCCCGACCGCUCACUCGUUACAGACAUCGCCUCCCAUUAUAUGGACGGCCUCUACACCGCGUGGACUCACAAUCAGAAUCACAAAUAA